UCAGAACUUGUUUUGAAUAGUGUCUUAAUUUAAUACCACCAAACAGCUUUUAUUCUCUGUCUGAAUAACUGUCUGACAUAAUUCUCUUGCACCUGUUAAAGCAUCCCUCUAGAAUCUAAAAUAUUUUUUCUUCAGUCUAGUUGGUUAUUCUUUCCUUUUUAGUUCUUGACAAAUUCUGAAUGUGCUCUGAGUGAAUUAUACAUGUAUGUACUCAAACAUAUUGACUAGAGCCUGAUGAAUAUACAGUACACUCAGUGGCUAUUUUAUUAGCUACACUUGGCCAAGAAGUUUACUUGUUAUUCAGCCAAACAUUAGAAUGGGCAAGACACAACAUCAAAGCAACUACGAUGAAACAUGAUUCCUUGUGCCAGACAUAGCCAUUGUAGUAUCACAGAAAUUGCUUUCACCCUCUGGUUUUCUUAGACUACAGUUUGCAGAGUUUACAUAAAAUAAUGUAACAAACAAAAAACAUCCAGUGACCACUAGUUCUGAGAGAAGAUCUACCUUGUCAAUUACAGAGAAACAACAAAAUAGCCAGGCUCACAUAUUCAAGUAUCAGCUCUUUAUAACAGUAGGUUCUUGAAAGGCAUUUCUGACAGCACAAAACAUCCAAAUGUAAAGGAGGUAAGUUUGUAUUAUUAAGGUAUUGGGUAAGAAGCCAAUUCCUCCAAGCUGAUGAGUGACAGCAAAGAGUUCAGGUGGGACUCUGCUCACUUGGAUGGCAGAUAGCUGUGAAGCUAUCAUGGCUGCCUAGCUAUUUUAUGCAUGUAAAUGGAAAAGAAUUGCAGGGUACCUAUGAUCACCACUAGGUAGUUUUCUAAAAUUGCCUCUGGAAUUUCUAGGAGCAUCUAUGGUCUGAAAAAUUAUUUGACAUUUGUUCUGGAAUUAAAUUUGGUUGAUUCCUGAUAUAGCUCAUGCAUUGAGGGCUGCUUGAACCCCAUCAGUUCUAGAGAACUUGGAAGAUGAGAACAGAUUAUAUCAAUUUGGGAUGUAUGUGGCUCAGUGAGUCAACGAUUAAGAAAGCAAGACAGACAAAGGAAGGUGUGAUCUGUAAUAGUCAUGGUAAUGGGACAGGUAAGAUUUAAUUUGUGCCUCCUGCCAAUGUUUUCAUUUAUUAUACCCUUACUUUGUUACUCUCAUUUCCAAUUAAUAAUCUAAAAGACUUAUUUUGGUGUCUACAUCACAAUAUGUAGAAUCAAAGCAUUCAGAGUAUUAAACAGCAGAGUAGCAAAUAUCAAUAAAUGUUACUUAAAGUAGUAAUUUUAAUCAAAUAUAAGAAAGGUACAUGUUCUUUACAUGGCUAGAUGAUACAAAACUAAUAUUUUUACCUUUUCAGAAAAAUGUUUGUAAAGCCAAACAGAAACUGGAAAAACUAAGAUGUCAGUUUAACUGGGAUCAACAGGCUUUAGAGGCCUGGCUUGAAGCCUGUGCCCAAAAAGAUGAAGACUCCAUGAUAAUAUUAAAAUAUGCUAAGCAAGAUGCAAGCAAAAUACGAGAACUAUCAUUGAAUAUAGAAAAGCUGACAGAUGAAUUGAUCCAAAGGCGUAGAAUUUUAGAUAAUGAAUUAACUGACACUAUAACGGCCCAGAUAGAAUUGGAUAAGACAGCUGAAGACUUCCGUCGGGCUCAUGUAGAAAGGGUUGAGCUUCUCUGCCAGUGGGAGAACACCAUUGAACAGAUGAGGAAAAGAGAUCAACAAAUUGAUGAAUGCUCACAGCUACUCACUGAAGUAAAACAAGAAAUCAGAGAAAAAGAAGCCCUAAUCAAAGAAAGAAAUGAAUUACUACAAACUGUAAUGCUAAAAAACAAGCAAAGUAAAAGAAAUAUUACAUAUUUAGACCGGAAUGCAGAUAAACUUCGAGAAGAAUGCAUUCAGCAGGAGAGCAAGUUCUCCGUCCUUCAGAGUGAGCUUGAAAGCUUAAAAAAGCUUUUAGGCAGGACUACUACUGAUCUAGAAAUCAAAAAAGCCCAACUGGAAAGCAUGGGAAAUGAAAUUUUGGAAAAACAUAAAAAGCUAAAAGAAGCUAAGGAAACAAAUGAGGCCCUUACUCAGAAACUGAAAACAUUUAAUGAGUCAUUGAUGGAAUCAUCAUUACUUGUGAAGGAGAAAACAGAAAAAAUGGAAAGAACAAUUAAAGAGAUGGAGAGAACCGUUAAGAACUUGGAGAACCAACUUAUAUGCUUGAAGGGCAUACAAGCUAAAAGAACAGAAGAGCUGCAAAACCAAAUGUUCAAAGAGGAAAAUAUUAGGGCCCUACUAAAUAUUAGAAAAACAUCUGUACAAAGCCUCAAUUGCCGUAUAAGUAAAGUGGAUCGCAAGGCAGAAAAGCAAAUACAAGUUGUUUAUAACCAGGAUUUCAGGAUACAAUAUUUAGAAAGAAAGAUAACAAGGAUGGAGAAGGAGCAUGAUACUGAGAAGCAGACAAUUGAAGCUAAGACAGAAGAGCUGACCAAAAUUCUUCAGGAGAAGAAGGCCACUUGCAGCUUUUUGUCAACACAACUUAAAAGGCUACAGGAUGAAGUUCGCUAUCUUAAAAUAAAACUGGACAAAACAGUAUCAGAGUGUGCUGAUCUUGAUGCUAAGAUUCCUCGAAUGAAUAUUGUCAUUGAUGUGUCAACAAAAGAAGUGAAGACGCGUAAGAUCAAAAAGCAGGAGGCUCUGGCUGAAGUUAAUGUUAUGAAAUUGCACAUAAAGCGUCUGCGAGACCUACUAUAUAGUAAGACAGAUAUUACAAUUUCUUUAGAGAAGAGAAAACUCUUAUUACAGAAUGCAAUGAGGGAAAGGCAAGAUGACAUCAAGGUCCAUCGGGAAAUGCUUCAAAAUCAGUACAGACUAAUAGAUCAGGAACGUCAAGCAAUCAGCAUGGAAGUCAAUGAAAAAUUAGCCAAAAUAGAGAAAUUAAAGAAAAGGUAUGAAGUUAUAACACUUGCCAUUACACCUCCAGAAGGAGAACAGGAGUCCACUCAAGCAUAUUAUAUUAUCAAGGCUGCUCAGGAGAAAGAGGAGCUUGUCCGUGAAGGAAAUGAACUGGAUACCAAAAUUCGCAAGGCAGAAAAAGAAGUAGAAGCAUUAGAAAAUACAUUAGACUUACUUAAUCGCCACAAUUCAACAUAUAGAAAAUCAGUAAAUAAAGUUACAGACUCAGGUAUGGGUGAAGAUUAUGAAGAGAAAUUAAAACUUGAAGACAAAAAUCAAAUACUUGAAGGGAAAUACCUAGAUAAAGCAAAACAGAAAGAACAGCUCCAAGAAGAGAUACAGUCUAUGAACAACAUGCUUGAGAAUCUAAAGAUUACUGAAGCUUCACUGAAUACAGACAAAUUGGAAAUAGAAAGUCAGAUUAAGAGUUUAAAUAAAGAAGUGGAGUACCAAAAAGAAAAGCUGGACAGAGCCAAGAAACAGUGUUUAAAACUGCAUAAGGAAAUUAAUUCUUCAAGACAAAGUGAAGGGGAAAUCCCAGAAGAGCAAGACAUUAUGUUGCGCGAAUUAAGAGAUUUCAGUAAGUCUCUUAAUAAGAUGAUAGUUGAAGCCAUGGUUGAUCAGCCCAAUUUGGCUUUGAUACUUGAAGUAUUCUAUAAUCAGGCUCAGAUUCCUCUGCCUUCCUUCACUCCUAUUUCAGGUUCAGCCCCUGGCAGUCGACAGAGUUCAAGACUUUCAACAGCUCGUGGCUCAGGGUCCUCAACCAGAUGAUAUUGGUGCAGCAGCUCAGAAACCUACCAGUUUGUUCUGGGCUUACAAAUACACUCUCUCAUAUUUACUGCUGCUGAAGUUGAGUACUCAGAAGUCCUCUGGUUUGAGCAGGAGCUUAUAGCAUUACAUUUGCACCUUUUGCUGAUUUGACAUUGCACCACAAUUCUCUGAGAUCUCCCAAUUGGAGCAAAUGCUUACAGUACACACAUAAUGAGCUGAAUGAUGCUAUCAAGGUAAUUACAUUUUUCUUUUCAAUGUUGACCUAAUUAAAUCUUUGGGGGAUGGGUUGUCAUUUCACCGGUGAUGGAAAAACUGAACUGCGUGAAACAAAAGCAGAUGAGAAAUGGAAUUGCAAAAAAAAGGAAUAUACAAAUAUACAAGAGUUCCAUGUCAUUUUAUAUGCAUUUUAGACAUAUUUAGUUGAUAGACUUGAGACAAACUGUUUGAUGUGAUUAUCAAUCAGAUAAUGUUUAUAUUACAUGGCUGACUUUUAAAUUAAGUGCCCUAACAAGAUGCAUAAGUGGCCAAUAGAUGAAACAAUGUGUAAGCCAGGAUGGUGUUUUAGCAGUAAAAUUGCAUAUAAUUGAGCGAGACAUGCCAGCAUCAUUGAUGAGAUCAAGUACUGCCAUGCCAUUUUAAGCUACCUGGAGCAUAGGUCUCUUUGGAUCAGGAUGGAACUCAAGCAGAAAUUUUGCUAUGACCACAAAUGUGCACAUAAGCAGAUAUUUUCACAAUUUUUAUUGCCUGUUGUUCAAAUAAUAAAUAUAUUUACCGUAAUCUUUGUAACCUAUUCUUUAAUUGUUACAUUGUUAAUAAAGCUAUGUACCAAAGAAUUAUGACUUACAGCAAAGGUAAUUAUUAACAUAAUAUGUGCGAUGGAGAAAGUCUUUUAUUACUGUUUUACAGA